GACAGACACGGCUGACAAUCCGGAACGUUCGAGUGAAUGCACUGCAAUGCUAUAAAUACGAGCUGCGACUUGGCUGCGAUUUACUUCCAACUGCCUCCAAGCCCAUUGUUGACGGAACCGCAGAUAACAAACUGACGACUCCUGCGAUGUACGCGUACGGGCCGUUGCUGUGCCUAUUCCCCAUGGCUGUCGUCAGCAUCGUGGUAAAAGACUCACCGCCACCGAACGAAUACAAAUAUUCAUACGAAAUCGAAGACCCGACAACCGGAGAUACAAAGAGCCAGCACGAGGUGCGGCGCGGAGACGUGGUCAGCGGCUCCUACUCAGUCGUAGAUCCGGACGGGACAAGGCGAACUGUCAAGUACACUGCUGACCCAGAACAUGGGUUCACAGCUGUCAUUCACAGAGAGGCAGCCGCCCCGCCGCCUCCACCUCCGCCGCAACCUUACGCUUAUCAGGACAUUGAGUCUCAGCAUCGCGUCCCACCGCCGUACGACAACGUCGAUCUCGUUGUGAAAUCCCCGCAGCCUAUUGGACCGGUUUUUUAUGCCAAACUGUCGUAUCCUAAAACAAAUUACGAAGACAAACCGGCCUUCUAUUUCACUCCUGCGAACGAAAUCCAAUCUGAUCGUGAGAGUUUCGCACAAGGACAUUACUUUCAGCCGGCUACCGGUUUUAAAGACUAUAAUUAGAUUUAGUACACAGAUGUACCUGUUACUUUGUUUUAUUGUGAACGUUUUUUCCUAAGAUUGUGAUAACUGUAGCUAUAAGUGCGUUUAAUAAAAUAUUAUAAUAAGCGAGCAGACAAUUUCGGUAACUAAUUUAGUUAAUAAUCAAUAACUUUUUCUUAUAAUAACAUUUUAUUGUAGUUCUGCGUUUCUACAUAAAUGAAUAAAUCAUAAAAUAAAAUGAACAAGUCAUCAUAAAAUAAACAAAUAAAAUGGAUUAAUUAAGAAAAACAAAACAGAUUUCUUUAGCUAACAUCUUUGUUAGUAUAUUAUAAUAUUAAACAGCAGGUUAUAAGAACUACAUGACAGCGACGUUAGCAUGGUCGCAUUUUUAUCGCCUAUCGUGUCAUGCGUCACUUUCGCAUUUACAUACUUGUUAGAAGGUGACAGACGAUAAAGAGGCGACCAACGCUAACGUUGAUAGAUAUAUCCUUUAUUUGAUGGAUAACUAAAGUGUACUUCAAUUUAAAUAAAAUAUCAUAUAAGUUUGUGGCAAAAA